UCCGGAGUUUGGAGAGUGCUGUUUGAUCCACCUCUGGCCGCUCCCGCUUGUAGUAGUAAGAGCAGAGUCAGUCGACGCACCGUCGGGACGCCAGCAAAAUGCGGACGACCACCAUUGAGGAUUUGCCUGCCGACGUGCUGGCCUGCGCGCUGCGCCGCCUCGACGGCCCGUCCCUGGCCGCCGCGAGCUGUGCUACGGCAGGUCUCCGCGCCAUCGCCGCGGACCCGGCGACGUGGCGCGCCCUCUGCCUCGCACAGUGGCCGUCGCUGGACCUGGAGACCCUGCAGCAGCACAACAUCCUUGGCUCUGCGGCCGUCUCUCCACCACGCCUCUUCGCCGACGCCUUCCCCUUCCCGUCCACUUCCACUUCCACGGAAGCCGCGGCCGAUCAGUGUCUCCCCGGUGAGCUGAUCUCCGCCGUGGACGUGUACCACACUGAGAAUGGAGCGCCCCGGCCCCUCUUCUCACGGGUCGUGGAGACCUCCACGUCGUCCUCGUGGUUCCUGGCCUCGCCCUUCCGCGUGGACGCCGUCGAGUGCAAGGACCCGGUACGGAUGGCCUCGGCCUCGUUCUCUCCGGCGGAGCUGGAGCUGAGCUGGAUCGUGGUGGACCCCCGGAGCGGGCGGGCGGUGAACGUGUCGAGCCGGCGGGCGGUGGCCGUGGACAGGCACUGGUACACGGGCGAGACGCUGGUGCGGUACGCGGUGGUGCUCGGCGGGAGCAAGUUCGAGGCCACGAUCACCUGCUCGGAGGAGGCCGGAUGCCUUAACCUCAGGGAGGUCAGCCUGACCGUCGAGGACGCCGACGGCGCGGCAGUGAGCGGCGAAGGCAGCCUGCGGCUCCUUGCGGCUGCGAUGGAAGCACCGAGGAGCAAAGCAGGGGAGAGGGAAAGAGAAGAGGCCAAGAGGAGGUACGAGGAGUUCGUGAGGAGCAAGAGGGGGCGGAAGGAGUCCAAGGCAAGGCGGGAGGUGCUCGUCGACUUGUGCUGCUCCGCCGUCAGCGCCGUCGCCGUGCUCAGCUUCCUCGCCUCCGUCGCGCUACGCUAGAGUCAGGGACCGGACAUGCAUCUGUACCUCGUGAAACAUGUACUGCAGUUUUUCUACUAGAACA